UUUCCCAUCACUUUACCCAUUUUCAAUCACAACGUAAUAACGGUUAACAAAUUAAAAACGGUUGUUUUACUUUUUGUCCAUCGAGAAGCUUUGCGUUUGAGCGAAUCAAUUCUGGAAGUAGGAUACAUAUCAUCAUACCGUGCGCAUAGCCUCUCUCCCUCUCAAGUGGUAUCACGUGCGUGAGCUAAUUUUCUACAAGCAGCGUUAGGGUUGCACAAACAGAUUUAACUUCUUAGCGAGAAUGUUGUGGAAACUCGGUCUGAUUGUGGUCAAAUAUUUAGAUAAUUGGAAUUGUGAUGGAGACAAGAGGCGAGAAGAAGAACGUUUGAGAAAUACCUUAUUCUAUGACCUUUAAUAACCGGUGGCUUUACUGCUCUUCAUCCAUAUGAGAAGUUUCCCCUGAGACCGAGACAUCUGCCGAGCACUCUGCGCGGUCCGCUGUCCAAACUCUCUUCCACCGGGAAUAUUACGCGCUUUUGUCAUAGGUUGUUGUAUUACCUCAUUGGAAAAUAUAGGGCGAUUGUUUCGUGGUAGACUUGGGUUGCAUUCAUCAAUGCCAAGAAAUUCCAUAAGGGUAACUUUGCCCAAGGGAAACGAGAGCCAUCUGUGUAGGAUGGAGCCGGCGGCCAAGGAGAGAGGGACGACAGAGAACGGAGGCAGCUCCUCAACGAGGGCGCAACGCUCCUCCUGCUCCAGCCUCAAGAUGUUCCUUGUGGCUCUGUCGUUUGCCUACUUUGCCAAGGCCUUGUCUGGCAGCUACAUGAAGAGCACAAUAACCCAGCUGGAGAGGCGCUUUGACAUCCCCAGUUACCUAACAGGCGUCAUCGACGGGAGCUUUGAGAUAGGUAACCUGUUGGUGAUAGCAUUCGUGAGUUACUUUGGUGCAAAGCUGCAUCGGCCCAAGAUCAUAGCCAUGGGCUGUGUACUGAUGGCAGUGGGAACAUUCAUCAUCGCUCUGCCACACUUCCUCAUCGGACGCUAUAAGUUCGAAACGUCAAUCCGAUCGUCAGUGAAUUCAACCAAUAACCUCUCUCCAUGUCCAGCGCGUCUGUUGUCACCCGCCGCGCUAGCUUCGGGUGACCCGCUUUCUAAGGCACCAAGCACAGGGACAGUAGGUUGUGAAGGAGAGUCCAACCUCUCCAUGUGGAUCUAUGUGUUCCUGGGGAACGUCUUACGAGGGAUUGGGGAGACUCCAGUGCAGCCCCUUGGGAUCUCGUAUAUAGAUGAUUUCGCCAGGGAGGAAAAUGCUGCAUUUUACAUUGGCUGCGUUCAGACCAUAGCAGUCAUUGGUCCUGUGUUUGGCUAUUUACUGGGAUCUCUGUGUGCCAAAAUAUACGUGGACAUUGGAUUUGUCAACAUGGAGAGUAUCACCAUAAGCCCUGGUGAUGCUCGUUGGGUGGGGGCCUGGUGGUUAGGUUACCUUAUAGCUGGGGUGAUCACCCUGCUUUCAGCCAUCCCCUUCUGGUUCCUACCCCGUUCCCUGCCCAUCCCGUCAGACCGAGGCCCAGCCCAGUGCACCCCGGAGCAGACUAGCUUCAUCAAAGACUCCCCUCUCCUGGAGCAUAAGUACCAAGCCGACGAGCCAGCCAGCUUUCUGGAGAUGGCCAAAGAUUUCAUACCAACGUUGAAAACCCUCCUGGGGAACCCAGUGUACUUCAUCUACCUGUGUGUGACCAUCAUUCAGCUGAACUCUCUCAUCGGCAUGGUAACCUACAAGCCCAAGUACAUAGAGCAGCAUUACGGACAGUCAGCAUCAAAAGCCAAUUUCCUGAUGGGUACAAUCAACAUCCCUGCUGUGGCGUUGGGAAUUUUCACUGGCGGCCUGCUCAUGAAGAGGCUGAAGCUGAGCAUCAUGGGAGCAGCCAAGUUUGCGUUCGGCACCUCUCUGAUAGGCUACUUCCUAUCCCUCUUCUUCUUCGUCAUGAGCUGCGAGAACGCCAAAGUGGCUGGGAUCACACUGCCCUACAACCGGGUGGAUGGCGUAUCGUAUGAGGAGCGCUCAGUAUUCUCAGCCUGUAACUCGGACUGUGUGUGUUCAGACAGAGACUGGGACCCUGUCUGUGGAGAGAACGGCAUCACGUACGUCUCUCCCUGCCUGGCUGGCUGCCAGACCUCCACAGGAUCAGGGAAGAACACGGUGUUCUCUAACUGUAGCUGUGUGGUGGCAGCAGGGCUGAGCAGUGGUAACCUGACAGCCAGUGUAGGCCACUGCCCUCACAGAGAUGACUGUGACCGUGUCUUCCCUUACUUCCUGGCUCUCUCUGUCAUCACUUCCUUUAUCAUCUCCCUGGGUGGCACGCCAGGCUACAUGGUCCUCAUCAGGUGUAUCAAGCCUCAACUCAAGUCCUUAGCUCUGGGGUUCCAUACUCUGUCCACACGUACACUUGCGGGCAUCCCAGCGCCCAUCUACUUUGGGGCGAUCAUCGACACCACGUGUCUGAAGUGGGGCCAGAAGAGAUGCGGAGGGAGAGGAGCCUGUCGGAUAUACAACACUACAGCAUACAGGAUAGCUUACCUGGGUCUAACUAUGGGCCUGAGGACAGUUUCCUUCCUGCUGUGUAUACUGGGAUUCGUGCUGCUCAAACGACACCUGCGGAGAGAGGAACGCAGUGCCCACCAAGUGGCCAAUGGCGGAGCAGAACUGGAGGUACUCAGGAAAGAGGAAGUCCUAGCCUCCAACUCGGACCAAUCGCUACGGACUUCCACAACAGACUACAACAACACAGAGAGAGAGACACGGCUGUGACAGUCUGAGACUAUCUCCCCUGAUCUCUCAUGUUACACACACGCGAGAUGUGCAGGAACCAACAACGCUCUGCGCCAGACCAUCUCAUAGAACAUAAAUGAUAUAUUUGUACUGGACCUGUCUAGGUUAUGUAUAUUUAAAAAAUAACAUCUUUUUGAUAUAACUGAUGUAUUUCAUGGAUGUACCUGCUGUAUUUUACAAAACACAAAUAUAACAACAAAGAAUUUAAUAUUUGUUGUUUUUUUACAAAGAAAGCAUUUGAUUGGAUUUGUUAUCCAUUGGUUAAUUGUUUUUACUGCAGCGAGAGUCCAGUUUCGGUCACUGAGUAUUUUUUUAACAACUCUCAAGGUAGUCUACAUUAUAAUAUUGUUAGACAGCCUCAAUCUGUUUAAAGAGAAUGUCAGACAUUCUGUGUUUCUCUACUGUAAACAUUGCCAAAAUAUGAUCUCAAUAGCCCUGUUUAUACCUGGUUCUAACAUGCAUCCUUCAUCCUGAUCUUGUCCGUUUACACUUAUGCACAGCAAAUUGGUCAGUGUUACCUAGUGUUGAUAUUUCAGUUUAACAUUUGUAGCAUUGAUUCAGGUGUUAAACUAACUCAGCAAGUGUUAAAUUAACACUCGGGUGUAAAAGAACCCCACUGUUGGUGUUAAUAACCAGUGUUAAACCAAAACCACACCCAUCAUUAUAUUUCCCAGCAUGCUCUAUUGCAGGUAGAUUUGUUUUUUUUAUUGUUUAUUUCAAUAUCUAUGUUUUUGCAUGUACAUUGAUAAAUUAAUUAAUCUUAUGCUACUCAAAUAUAAAUAACAUGCAAUUUUCUAAACUAAUCCAAUAUGUUACUUGGAUUUAUUGCACUGAAAUGGUUGUUCCAGUUUAGAUGCUUUAGGUAGUCUCAUCUCUUAUCCUUCCCAACCCGCCAAUCAUUCUGAAUGCAGGUUGCUGGUGAAUGCCAGGUUGCUCCAAACGUAGGCUAACCCCACUCUGGCUGGUUUCCACUAGGAAUUACACAUCACUUUGCCACCUAGCAUAAUGUGACCUGCACACCUGAUUAUAUCAAGAUGGCGCCGAAGAACAUGGCUGACGUUUUACAUUCUCCCAACCAAUUAUGCCAUUUUGUUAGUUUUUUUGUGUAACUUAUUUUUUAACAUAUUGUGUACAUAAUGUUGCUGCUACCGUCUCUUAUGACCGAAAAUGGACAUCAGAACAGCGAUUACUCACUGCUGACUGGAAGAAACUUUUUCCUACUUUCACUGGAACAGGCCCAUAUCCCCGCAUUUUUCAUGAAGAAAAGAUGCAGGAAAAGGGACAGCAGAUCGGGCAGCCUUCUGAGAAUCCGUAGGCAAGCGAGUAAACUCCCACUGCCAUCCGUUCUUCUUCCUAAUGCGCAAUCAUUGGAAAAUAAAAUUGAUGACCUACGAUUAAGAUUUUCCUACCAACGGGACAUCAAAAACUGUACCAUCUUAUGUUUCACCGAGACGUGGCUGAACAACGAUACAGACAAUAUAGAGCUAGCGGGAUUUUCCAUGCACCAGCAGAACAGAGACUACCUCUGGUAAGAUGAGGGUUAGGGGUUUGUGUCUAUUUGUCAAUAACAGCUGGUGUGCAAUGUCUAAUAUUAAAGAAUUCUCGAGGUAUUGCUCGCCUGAGGUAGAGUACCUUAUGAUAAGUUGUCGACCACACUAUCUACCAAGAGAGUUCUCAUCUAUAUUAUUUGUAGCCGUCUAUUUACCACCACAGAACAAAGCUGGCACUAAGACCGCUCUCAACCAACUCUAUAAGGCCAUAAGCAAACAAGAAAAUGCUCACCCAGAAGCGGCGCUCCUAGUGGCCGGGGACUUUAAUGCAGGCAAACUUAAAUCAGUUUUACCAAAUUUUUACCAGCAUGUCACAUGUGCAAGUUACUCGCUCAAUACAGAAGUGGUCAGGUGACGCGGAUGCUACACUACAGGACUGUUUUGCUAGCACAGACUGGAAUAUGUUCCGGGACUUAUCCAAUGGCAUUGAGGAGUACACCACAUCAGUCAUCGGCUUCAUCGGCUUCAUCAAUAAGUGCAUCGUCCCCACAGUGACUGUACGUACAUAUCCCAACCAGAAGCCAUGGAUUACAGGCAAGAUGUUGCAUCGAGCUAAAGGCUAGAGCUGCCACUUUCAAGGAGCGGGAGAGUAAUCUGGACGCUUAUAAGAAAUCCCGCUAUACCCUCAGACGAAACAUCAAACAAGCAAAGCGUCAAUACAGGUUUAAGAUUGAAUCCUACUACACCGGCUCUGAUGCUCGUCGGAUGUGGCAGGGCUUAAACUGUUACGGACUACAAAGGGAAACCCAGACGCGAGCUACCCAGUGACGCGAGCCUACCAGACGAGCUAAAUGCCUUUUAUGCUCGCUUCGAGGCAAGCAACUCUGAAGCAUGCACAAGAGCACCAGCUGUUCUGGAUGACUGUGUGAUAACACUCUCGGUAGCCGAUGUGAACAAAACCUUUAAACAGGUCAACAUUCACAAAGCCACUGGGCCAGACGGAUUACCAGGAUGUGUACUCAAAGCAUGUGCGGACCAACUGUCAAGUGUCUUCACUGACAUUUUCAACCUCUCCCUGAUCGAGUCGGUAGUACCUCAUGCAGACCACCAUAGUCCCUAUGCCCAAGGAAGCGAAGGUAACCUGCCUAAAUGAUUACCACCCCGUGGCACUCACUUCGGUAGCCAUGAGUGCUUUAAAAGGCUGGUCAUGGCGCACAUCAACAGGAGCCUCCCAGACACCCUAGACCCACUCCAAUUCGCAUACCGCCCCAACAUAUCCACAGAUGACGCAAUCUCAAUCACACCCAACACUGCCCUUUCUCACCUGGACAAAAGGAACACCUAUGUGAGAAUGCUGUUCAUUGACUACAGCUCAGCGUUCAACACCAUAGUGCCCACGAAGCUCAUCACUAAGCUAAGGACUCUGGAACUAAACACCUCCCUCUGCAACUGGAUCCUGGACUUUCUGACGCGCUGCCCCCAGGUGGUAAGAGUAGGCAGCAACACGUCUUCCACGCUGAUCCUUAACACUUAGUCCCCUCCUGUAUUCCCUGUUCACCCAGGACUGUGUGGCCAAACACGACUCCAACACCAUCAUUAAGUUUGCUGACGACACAACAGUGGUAGGCCUGAUCACCGACAACGAUGAGACGGCCUAUAGGGAGGAGCUCAGAGAACUGGCAGUGUGGUGCCAGGACAACAACCUCUCCCUCAAUGCGAGCAAGACUAAGGAGCUGAUCGUGGACUACAGGAAAAGGCCCCCAUGAACAUCGACCGGGCUGUAGUGGAGCGGGUCGAAAGUUACGGUGUCCACAUCACCAACGAACUAUCAUGGUCCAAAAAUACCAAGACAGUCGUGAAGAGGGCACUACCAAACCUUUUUCCCCUCAGUAGACUGAAAAGAUUUGGCAUGGGUCCCCAGAUCCUCAAAAGGUUCUACAGUUGCACCAUCGAGAGCAUCCUGACCGGUUGCAUCGCUGCCUGGUAUGGCAACUGCUCGGCAUUUGACCAUAAGGCGUUACAGUGGGUGGUGCGAGCGGCCCAAUAGAACACUGGGGCCAAGCUUCCUGCCAUCCAGGACCUAUAUAAUAGUCGGUGUCAGAGGAAAGCCCGUAAAAUUGUCAGAGACUCCAGUCACCCCCUAUAGACUGUUUUCUCUGCUACCGCACGGCAAGCUCAACAGCUUCUACCCCCAAGCCAUAAGACUACUGAAAAAUUAAUAAAAUCACCCCCCCAUUUUGUACACUGCUGCUACUCGCUGUUUAUUAUCUAUGCAUAGUCACUUCACCCCCACCUACAUGUACAAAUUACCUCAACUAACCUGUACACCCGUCUACUGGCCCGGUGCCUCUGUCCCCCUGUAUAUAUCCUCGUUAUUGUUAUUCUUAUUGUGUUCCUUAUUAGGGUUCAAACUAAGUCCUCAAAAUAAGGACUCAUGAGUUGUGUUGUACUGUCUUAUAUCAUUUUAUUUUAAUGAUAACAUAUUUACUUAAGCUCUAACUUGGUGAAGGCCACAGGAUUGAAAAUUGAUGAAUGCAACAACCAUGUCUUUGUCCCUAACAAAUACAGUCAUGGGUUGUAACUCUACAAUUCACUCGAAAGGCAGGCACUCUGGGAAAUAUUCAAAUAAGUCUUUACACUAAGCAGUGUGUUAAUUUAGCUCUGAAAGUUGUAGACCCGUAUAGACAAGGACCAGUGUUAAAUGUAACACUCAGUAUUGAUUUAACACUGGAGAAUGUGCUGUGUAUGAUAUGAUCACAAUCACAAUGCACCUGUUUAAACAUUUGGGCACAAUCAGAAUAAGGACAAAGGGCACCUUAGCACCAGGUAUAAACGGGGCUACUGUUCAUCAUGUCUGUGUGACUGUGUUGUGCCACAGGAUGCCACUGUUCCAGCUUACCAUAGCUGUUCUCUGCCUUUGGUGUGUAGCAGGAGCUUUCUUAUUUCAAUUCUGAUCAAAUCCACUAGGUGGCAGUAUUGUAUACUGGUAGUAAAUUAAUCUCUGUCUAAAAUCACAAUGAAAUAACAACGCAAAGAUCAUUAUAGAUAUCAAAUGCACAUCCACUGAACCAUUACACUGUUUUAUAGUUCUACCAUCAGUGACUAUCCACUGUAGGUGUCAUUCAUUAUGAGAAGUAAAGCAAAUUUGCAUCAUU